UGGCGGUCGGGCGGCGGUGAUAACGCGGCGGCGGCGGCGGCGACGACGGCGGUCACAACAAUUCGACAUGAAUCAGUUGUUGUGCAUUGGUGAUCCGAGUCAGAACGUCAUGGCCGAGAGCAAGGGAUCCCUUAUCGCCAAAUCCGUGUCCAAGCAUGCCGGAAGGGCCAAAGAAAAGUUUCUUCAAAACUUGGGGAAAGUCGAUCGGACUGAAGAUGAAAUUUUUAACGAGCACUUACAAAAUUUUUCAAAACAGCAAAAUUCGGCAAAUAAAUUACAAAAAGAAUUCAACAACUAUAUUCGAUGUGUCAGAGCCGUGCAAGUGGCGAGUAAAAGUCUGAUGGACACGUUGAACGAGAUGUACGAAACCCAAUGGGUUGGACACGAUCACAUGUGUACUGAUUCGAACAAUUUGGACAUGCUGUGGAGCGAUUACACUCACAAGUUGGCCGAUCAAGUGCUCAUACCGUUGAACACGUACCAAGCCCAGUUCGCCGAAACACGGAAAAAAAUCGACAAACGAAACCGAAAACUAGUCGACUACGACAGCCAGAGGCAUAGUAACCAAUUGGCCAACAACAACGGCGUUGCGGGCGGAGCCGGCAAGAAAAAAGACGAAGCGAAAAUGAUGAAAGCCAAAGAACAGUUUGAUGAAGUCAAGCGAAAGUUCGACCUCAUCAACACAGAGCUGCACGACGAAUUGCCUGCUUUGUACAAUUCUAGGGUGCUGUUUUUGAUCACAAACCUGCAACCAUACUUCGCUGCCGAACAAUUAUUUCACCACGAAUCGUCUAAGGUGUUCUCCGAAAUGGAAUCGAUCGUCGACAAAUUGGCCACGGAUUAUCAACACCAGUCCAAGAUGCUGAACUACUUCUUGGGAAACAAAACGCCUUCAAACAACGUCGCCAACAAUAUUCAAUCUGCAUCACAGUCGCCGGUGUCUCCGAUAUCCAUGAACGAAGAAGACGUUGCGAAAUCCCCGCCCUCGUCACCCGCAUCCCCUCAAAACGCGGCAUUCGUAAGUAGUAGUAAACCACCGUCAUCGCAGCCCGACAGCAUCAUCAAUGAAGUGUCGUCAGUGGCAUCGAAAACACCGGUAGAAGACGAAUCAGCGUCUUCAUCGCCACCGCCGCCGCUGCAACAACAGCAGCCUUUGGUAAACGGCAAGAGCGGCUCAUCACCGGUAAACGGCGUCGCCCCGGUCAGGCACGAGAACGGCACCAACAAAAACAUCGAAAUCGACAUACCGCCAGGCGCUACUACGGACAACUUGCCUCCGGGAGUGCUGUACAGAGUGGUGGCAACUUACAAGUACGACGCUGAAGACACGGACGAGCUGUCGUUCGAAAAGGGCGAGAUCAUCAGCGUAGUACCCUACGACGAUCCAGAAACUCAGGAGGAAGGCUGGUUGAUUGGUAUUAAAGACAACACAGGAGAGAAGAAAAUGUUCCCUGCCAAUUUCACCAGACCUUUGUGAGUGCCGCACUGUCGUAAGCGCAAGGAGAUCGCGACAAGACCUAGAAUCCUGAAGUACUGUUUUUGGAUGUUUGUGAUUCUAUUUUAUGUUUAUAUGUCUUUGUAUGUAUAUACAAAUGAGAUUUGAAGUCGGUUUUUGCCCGACAUCCACGAAACGCGCUGCAACGACUAGCUCUUAUGACAAAAUUAUUUUAUAAACUAAAUACCGCCCUUAAGUUUUUGAAUAUUUAUUUUUUUUACGCUCCGUGAACGUCAAGUUUAGAUAACAUUAUCAACAAUUAUCUGUGCUGAUAAUAACAUGAAUUUGACUGAUUGAGAAAUCGUUACGAAUUUAAUAGGUUCAUAUUAAAUUUUAUUUUUAGUGUGAUUAUAUUGAACCUUGAAAAAAUACUCAUUAAUUAAUUAAUGUGUAACAAGUGCCUUUAAAUUUUUAUACUAAAUAAUGUUUACACCUUUGUGAGGUGAUCAAUUUUUUUUGUGCCAUUUCAAAGCAUAUUAAAGCUAUUAUUUGGCUACUAUAUUUAAUCUUACUCCUACAAUUAUUCAGCUAUGGUACCUUUUACCUUAAAUGUAUAACCGUAUAAUAACUACAUUUUGCUCGUAUUAUGUGUUUACUACUUUUAUUUUUUAUGUGUUGUUAUAUUGUUGUAUUUGUGUGUUAAAUGUUUUUUUCUACUUUUAGUGAGUGAUUUGUAAAGGUUCAAUCAUUUUAGUUUACAUUUCAAAUAUUUACCCCGUCCCUUAUACCCGCUCUGAUAGUCAAUAAAAUGUAAAUAAUUUUAGUUUAGACCAUAAAUUAUUAUUGUCUAAGUAAUAUCUGUAUUUUUUAUUAUUUAAAUUAACUUUGAUAGAUACUAAAUUUAUUAUAUAAACCAAUGUAUUAUUUAGAUGUAUAUUUAUUUUUCCUUAAUGUUUUGCUUUAGGCACUUUAACAUUUGAGAUUCAGUAUUGCUAUUUAAAAAAAAAAAAAAUUAUAAACAUAAUAUUAUAUAUUAACAAAAAUAAUUACUGGAAUCAGUAGUCUUAUAUUAGAUGGAUUUCGCUAAUAGUGUAUUUAAAUACUGUUAUUUAAGCUUGAAAACAACCAAUAUGAAUACUAUUGCAUUUAUUUAUUUUUUUUAUUGACUUUGAAUCAUUGAUUUAUUUUUUAACGCCUCUCAACCAAAUAGCAUUGACAUUAUUAAUAUGUUGUGUAGUUAUGUAUUAUAAAUGCAAUUUGUUGGAGAGAAGGGGGGAUGUAAGUGGCAAUAAAACAUUGUCAUAGUCAGAGAAGGGGUGUCCAAAAUGGAUGAUAUUUUAUCAGUUUUUUAUACAUUAAAUAAUGGAUAAUUAUAAAUUAAAAAGAAAAAUUGUGUCUUCGAUUUAUUUUGUUUCAGUAUGAUUCAAUAAUGCACUAAUUCAGUUUUGGAUGCAUAACUUUUUUGUCUAUAUUUCUAGAAUUUUCUUCAAGAAUGAAAAACAAAAUAGGAUAUCAAAUUAAAAACGGACAAAUUGAAUUAUUGUGAUCAAAUCGGUUUUCAUAAGUUGGCCAAAAUAUUUGAAAUCAUGGUUCAUCUAUAUUAUAUUGAUUUUUGUCAGUACUUACCUAUUUAAUGUGGUUUAUAUUAUACAUAUAAUGGAAGGAGUGUUUUAUUCACUGUUAUUCUACCUA